CACUCCAGGCCAGAGGGUGGCGCGCACGUGCAUACAGUUUCCUACCGAGGAUAAAAAGUGCUAGCCGCAGAAGAAGAAGCAGGAGAUAGCUUAGAUGCUAGUGCGUUUGAAACAGUGUUUUUGCUUUUAAAUCGUCAUGUCCUGGGUUAAAGCUCUGCCUGUGAGCGGAGAAGAUGUCUUCGACGACAGUGCGGACGAGCUUAGUUUACAGAGUAAGGAGUGGACCUCCAACAUGAAGAAGCGACUGAAGGACGGGUAUGUGGACGGAGUUGAUGCCGGUGAGGAUGCCUCGCUUCAGGUGGGAUUCAACCUGGGCUUCAAGGAGGGAGCAGCUCAGACUGUGGCUGUGGGACGACUCAGAGGAAUCGUCAGCGCUAUAUGGUGCUGGUGCCAGAUCCAGCAUCCGGAAAAGCCCGUCCCAUCCUCGGUGACUGACCUUCUGCACAGGGUCACGCAGCAUGAAGACAAAAUAGCGAACGGUAUCAGGAAUGCUCUGGAGAAUCCUCCACCCAGUGUGAGCGACGUCUCCGAGAGCAUGGAGGACCUAGAGGUGGAACGGGCAGACCGGGGCUGCUGUGAGGAGCGCUGUGAAGAGUCGGACUGCUGCAGGAAGGGAGAGACAAUGGACUUGGACUUUCCUCACAGGCCACAAAGGAUCUGCUCGGGGUCCACUGAGGAGCUUCACCUCCUCCUGCAGUGCUGCGUUGACGUGGUGUCAGAACUGGGAAUGCCACAGGAGAUCAUCGGCCACAUAGAGGAACUGAGGAAGCUGUAGUGACUGAAAGGGUUCGAGUGAUGACAGAAACUGUGACGCUAAACAGGCUUGGUGUAAAGCUCUUUCUCACAAAAAAACAUGAUGUAUAUAAUGUUUUAUAUACUUAUGGAUUUUUAUAUUUUAUUUAAGAUAUUUUAAAGUGUUUGGAAAUAAAAUGAAAUUUCCUGCUGCAUGUUUGGAUCAUUGCCUCUAAAAUGAGAAUAGUCUGUAGAACUAAGUUUUUAGGAAAUAAUUCAGUUAACUUUCAAUAUCCCAGAAUGUCUUAGCAAAUUAAAUGACAGAGAUAGAGCCAUCAGUAUUGACCUCCAUGUUUGUUGUUAGGUAGGGGUGUCAAACAUAUGGCUCCAGGGCCAGAAAUGGCCUGCCAAAGUCCAGCCAGUUCUGAAAGAAGUCAAGAUUGUGGACUUUUUCCUGUAUUUUUAUGAUUUGACAGCCUUCUUACUGACAAAGACCUCACCCAUGACCUGCCUAGCAAUCAAAGUAACAGACAAACCAUGAAAUUAAUAGAAAAUCUAUUGUGUUUUCACUGUUUUCAGGUUGUUUUCUUUGAAUUAACUGGAUAGAGUGCAGCUAAUGAGCUGCCAGUGCCUGUCCUAUAGUUUGAUGCGUUUAUUUCUUGCAGUGUAAUGCAGUAAUGUAGAGCUGAAGGUUUUUAUUUUACUAAGACACCAUUUCUUCAUUGUGCGGUAAAAACUGAGAGACAUUGUUAAAAUCAUUGCACUGUUUUUUUAAUACAUCUC